CCGACACACUUCUUUAGCCAUGGCUCACCAAUGAUGCUUACGCAGACCACCGAGUCAUCCGAGUAUUGGCGACGAUGCGGAGAGGAGGCACUGGCGAACGGCGUUAAAGGGAUUAUCAUAAUGAGCGCACACUGGACCAACCAUACGGCCAACACAAUCUCAAUCGCCACCAACCCGUCCCCCCAAAUCGUCCCCAUCCCAUUCGCCCCCAUACCCACAACAGAUCCAGAUCCAGAAACCCAAAGACUAACCCCAGAUCUCGCAACCGCCACACGGUGUAGCUCACUCCUCCGCGCAAACGGGGUCAACGUCCACGCCGACCCAACCUACAACUGGAUCCACGACACCUACCAGAUCCUACUAAACAUGUUCCCAAGCACAACCACCCGCGCUCCUCCAGUGACGGUCCUGUCGACCAACGCCCACUUCAACCCAUACUUCCACCUGCAGAUCGGGAUCGCGCUGCGCCCGCUGCGCGCCGAGAACUACCUGCUGAUCGGCACGGGCGGGGCGGUGCACAACCUGUACCGGAACCGCUGGGGCCCCAUGCUCCGGGGGAACCGGGAUACACUGGCCAUGGAGACGCCGCCUGAGGUCUGGGCGCUGGAGUUUCGAACUGCCGUGGAGGAUGCACUGACCAAGAACUCUGGGCCGCGGUUGCGGAGGGCCGUGGCGCGGUUGAUGAAGCAUCCGCUCUAUCGCGAGGCGCAUGCUACCGAUGAGCAUUUUAUGCCGGCGGUGUUUGUGGCCGGGGCGGCGGGGGAUUGGGAGGAUGAGGGGGCGGAAGGGGUGCUGGGGGCUGAGACCUGGGAGUUGACUAAUAUGUGUAACUCACAGUUUACGGUGGGGGGAGGGUGGGAAGUGUAG